ACAAUUUGUCGUGAUUAUAACAAUCGUUGAUAAAUGUAAUGUAACUGUUAAAAAGAAAUUUUGUUUAAUAUUUCCCAAUUACCCGGAUAUUUCCGCGUCCAAUGGCGUCAUCACAGGACGCUUGGUACCUGUCGCUGCUGGGACUGGCGGAAAACUUUCGGACAUCGAACCAGAUCAAGAUGUGCAUCCAGUGCUUGCAGGCCGUGUUCAGUUUCAAACCACCACCUAGGGUCGAAGCCCGAACUCAUUUGCAAUUGGGUAACAUACUUCUGCAGUACACGAAGAACACGGACCUGGCGCGAACACAUCUCGAACAAGCGUGGUUGCUGUCGCAAUCCAUCAACACGUUUGAUGAUGUCAAGUUCGAAGCGGCCAGCGUUGUGGCUGAGUUGUAUCAACAGCAAAACCAGUCAAAUUUGGCCAAACCUAUUUUAAGAAAAGCUGUUGAACUAUCACAGCAUAAUAUAUAUUGGCACUGUAGAUUAAUAUUUCAAUUAGCCCAAAUACACGCUGUGGAAAAGGACUAUGAAUUAGCUAGCAGCUUACUUGGAGUCGGUGUUGAUUAUGCUCACAUAUCGUCUGCAGCCUAUACUAGAGUACUUUUUCUACUUAGUAGAUGUAUGUUACUGCUUAUUGAUAAGAAAAUUACAGAAGUUUCUCCAUUAUUAACCCAAGCUGGAUAUUUAGUUGAAAAUUGGCAAGCUAGCCAAUAUCAAAAAGAAUAUCUGAAAGUUUUCUUUUUAGUUUUACAAGUAUGUCAUUAUUUAAUGGCUGGACAAGUAAAAAGUGUCAAGUCAUAUUUAAAGCAAUUACAGCAAAGUAUUUUGACAAUCAUGCAGCCUACAUGGCCUUCUGAUGAAAUUGUUUGUGGAUCCAACAUGGGUGAUAUGUUCAUUUGGAUGCCAAAAGAACAAUUAUAUGUUGUAGUAUAUCUAGUGACUGUAAUGCAUAGUAUGCAAGCAGGGUACAUGGACAAAGCACAAAAAUAUACAGAUAAAGCUUUGGCACAAAUUGAGAAAUUGAAAGCUGGAGACAACAAAACACCAAUAUUAUCAGUCUUUCAGCUAAUGUUGCUUGAAAAUAUGGUAAUGUGUCGCUUAGUAACAGGGAACAAAUCACAAGCAUUACGUGAGAUGUCUCAAGUAUGCAGUAUUUGUCAAAGGCAUCCAAGACUUUUAAAUUCUCAUCGUCCUCAACUCCAUAUGCUUAUAGGUUUAUAUGCAAUGAGUAUGAAUUGUAUGGACGCUGCUGAAAUGCAAUUUACUACUUCAUUAAGGUUGUCACAAGAACGUGAAUUAUGGACGUUUGCGAACCUCAAUUUAGCAAUUGUCUACUUAAGAGGUAAAAGAGAUAUAGAAUUAAAUGCUCUUUUAGACCGUAUAAAUCCAGAAACUCUUACAUCGCAUUCACAUAGCCUUAGAGCUGCUGCAUACUAUGUUCAAGGUUUGCAAUCAUUUUUCCAAGCUCGUUACAAUGAAGCGAAGAGAUAUUUAAGAGAAACAUUAAAAAUGGCCAAUGCAGAAGAUUUAAACCGUUUGACAAGUUGUUCCUUAGUAUUGCUUGGUCACAUAUUUUUAUCAUUGGGCAACAGUAGAGAAAGUAUGAACAUGGUUACUCCAGCUAUGCAAUUGGCUAGUAAAAUUCCCGAUGUACAUGUACAGUUAUGGGCUUCAGCUAUACUUAAAGAUUUAUAUAGAAUGUGUAAUGAUCCUGUAAGAGAAAAUGAGGCAUUACAAAUGCACUCAAACUUUUCACAAACAUUACUUAAAGAUCAUUUUCAAUCAUCUGAAAUGCCUGAACAUGCCCUUAUUUCGUGGACAGAUGGACAAUUCCCUAUUCAAUUAAAACCAUUUGUAUCCCCUCUUCAACAGCAUCAUCUCCAUUUACAACAGCAGCAACAACAUCAGCAACAACAACUGCACAUGCAGCAACAAAUGCACCUUCAACAACAAAGUUUGCAUAUGCAACAACAACAUAUGCAAUUGCAACCCAAUCAACAAAAUCCUGCUGCCCUUGGACUUCCUUCUUAGCGCUUGCCAUUCACAAAUGCGAUCAAAGCACAUACAUUGUGCCAUCGGCAUGUCAUAAAAACUGUCGUUAUAAAGGUAUGUUAGUGAAAUUUGUAAUUAUAUACACCAAUGUUUUGUAUUGUGUAAAUAACGUAAAUGUGAAUAUCUUAAAUAACGUCCUUUUAUACUUUCAUGUCAUCUUCUCAAUUUAUAGGUCAUUAAUUGUUUGAAUUAAUUUAUGUAUUUUUUUUUAUUUGUCAUUCAAUUUUUAGAACAGUAUUCAUGUUCAGUACAUUAAUUUUAUAUCCAUUAAUCCUUUAAAGGAUUAAAUAUAUGUGAA